UGGUCUUCUUCUUUUUUCUUACUCUCUCGCAGACAUACACGCACGAUGUCUGAUGCCCAAAAUACCGGCGUUGAGCCAGCCCCUGCGCCUGCGGGGAAAGCAAGCUCAUACGCGAAACAGCAGCUGUUGGCCGCCUUGACAACGACCGAUGUGACAAUCCGCCGGUUGGAUCUCAUGCUGUCCACUGCCAGCGGACAAGAGCGCGUACUAGCGACGAUCAACUAUACCGCCUCAAUACUGCACCAUCUCACAGCCUCAGCGCCUUGGAUUGCAUUACAGACCAGACUGGGCAUUCUCGCACGGUUGAAAGGUCACGUCCCCACCAAGAACGUCACCUCCGCAACGACAAAAUCGAAGUUCUCCGCCCUCUCCUCACUCGCCUCGGAAACGAGAUAUAACCUCCGCCUGUUCGGACUCCUCGAGCUGUGGAUUUGGGGAGCGAAUACCCUUAAAAGCCCACCAAAGGAUCGAGCCUUACACAUCUUGACCGUGUUGCAGGUCAUUUCGAAUGUGAUCUACCAGCUGCUCGAGAACGUGGGGUAUUUGGCGUCCAAGGGGAUUGUGUCGAAGAAGCUCGUUGAGAAAUACGGAAGCCUCACACAAUGGGAGCUUUGGAGUACACGGGGAUGGUUCGGACAUAUUUUCUUCCAGUUCUUUGUGCUUUGGCGCCAACACGUACUGCGCAAGCGACGGAUCGCUGCUGAGCGUGCGGCUGCCGGUACCGUAGAGAGCAAGGAGACCAAGGCUGAAGAUAGCGAGGCUCUGCGUUUGGAGAUCCGGUCUUGGAAGAAGAGUUUGGUCAAUAAUGCUUUCUGGGCGCCUUUGUGCUUGCACUGGUGUUUCGAGAAGGGAAUUGGUAUUCCUGAGAGCUUGGUGGGGAUCAUCAGUUUCGGCGCUGGGGCUUGGAGUCUGCAUGAUAUGUGGGCUGCGACCUCAUCGGUCAAGGCAUAG